AUGUAUAUAGACGAACAGCCUAAGUAUAAAAAAAAUAAAGCAAUUAAAAAGGAAUUAUAUCAAUCAAUAAACCAAACUUUGGAGAGGGCGGCAUUGUCACAUCCUGUGACCGUCAGGACUUUGGAGACAUUAAUUCGAAUAUCAACCGCGCAUGCUAAAGCUCGGAUGUCUAAACACAUAGAAGAUCCAGAUGUUCGAGCAGCAAUUGAACUUGUUCGGUUGUCAUACAACUUUCAAGAAAUAUUGGAGACAUCAAAAAGAAAAUGGGAUCAAAUAGAAGACGAAUGGACAACGGCAGAUACGGUAACCCUGGAUACAGACAGAUACAUGCAUUUAAUAAAAGAGUCUAGUGGUUCCGACACAGAAAUUUAUUCCUCUGAUGAAGUAGAAAACAUUUCUGGUGAUGAAGGAUCGAUUCAAUCCACAGAUAGCAGUGUCGACUCUCCUUAUAAAUAUCACUGUGCCAAAUGUGAUUUACCUUUUAAAUUCAACUGCUGGUUUAAGAGGCAUAUGGCUUCCCACAGCCCUGGUAUAUUUGCCUGCCAAUAUUGUCCAAAAACAUUUAAAAGAAAAGACACCAUGCGCGAGCACGAAAACCUACAUAUAGGUGUUUUAAAACACAAAUGCAAAGAGUGUAGUAAAGAAUUUGGAGACAAAAGGAAUUUAAAUGCUCAUGUGAAACUAAUACAUAACAAUGCUUCAAUUAAAUGCCCAAAAUGUGAAAAAUUCUAUUCUGGAAAACGGCAAUUACGAUAUCAUGAUAACCGAGUACAUACAUUACUAACCCCAUAUAAAUGCAAGAUGUGUGAUGAAGCAUUCCCUGUUCCGUGUAUGCUUGCGGCUCAUCGAAGUAAAAUGAAACACUGA